CGGUACUGUAGAAAUACAUACAUCUUAGGGUAGCCAUUUUGUGAACAGUGCUGCGUAAAAACAACACGGACACUGCACCAUGUUAUAUUGAAUCAAAUCAAUAACUGGUAUCGGCAGCAGACAGACAACCCAGAUUUGUUGUUGUGAGACGGAUGAAGCAUUGUUUCAAUUUUCAAGGCUGAACAAGGUCUGAUAAGAAGAGAAACUCCAGUCUACACCAGAUAAACAGUAGCUGUCCGACAUGGUUAGGAUAUUCCCCCUCCUCCUCGUGGGGAGCAGCGUGAUGUUAUGCCAUGCUCAGUCGCUAGAGACACCACCUUCAAUGAAGUCCGACUUCAAACAGCAGUACUAUCUCAGUCUUAAUGGCAAUGUCAAAUUUAGUAAAAUCUGCAAAGCUGAUGGAUAUCCAGAACCAGUAUACUCAUGGAAAGUAAAUGGCAUUCAAAUCCAAAGCCACCAGUUCAGGACGUUGUACGAUAACGGCACACUCUUUAUCAGUGUUUCCAAUUCCACGUACAAUCAAUACGGAGAAUAUCAGUGUUUUGCUACCAACUCCAAGGGAGUAGCCAUGUCUUCAAUGUUCUCUAUCAUAAUGCCAGUUUUGAAUGGUUUCCCAGUCGAGUCACAAGAAUUGGGACUAAAAGAAGAAUACAAAUAUCAAGUUUUAAAGUGUGUGUCACGUCCAAGGUGCGUACCGGAAGCAGCUUGCAGUACAGAGUGGAAAAUCGGCGACGGGACUGACAAAAGCGUUACUCCUACUGACCGAGUUGCCUUUAGCGAAGAUGGUAGUAUGCAUUUCUUGUAUCUAAAAAGAGGCGAUCAACUGGGUGGAGGCUUAACCUAUGGCUGCGGAGUAUGGAACCAAGUUAUGUCCGUCCUGGUCAAGGGAAGUCCUACAAAAUUCAGCGUCAAGACUGUAGACGAUGAACCUUUACAUCCAGUAGAGGUAAAAUACAGCAAAGACGCAACCGGCCUCCUGGGAUAUUCAGCAAGGUUACAGUGUAUCUUCUCAGGCUAUCCACUGCCAACAAUCUCAUGGAGAACUGAAUUUGGGAAAAACAUUCUGAGUGAUGGUACGAAGUAUGAGAUGGAGAAUUUUAACAGGGUACUUGUUGUGAAGUCACUCAAAAAGGAAGACGAAAUGAGCUAUGCCUGCAUCGCCCUGCAGCAAACAAAAACAGGAUCUACCUACAGUUCCAAUUCAACUGUUUACCUUAACGUAACAGCGCGACCUCAACCCUUCCCAAACCAAAUGGAAAAUGUGGUGGCACCUAAGGACACAGACGCCGAGUUCUCCUGUAAAAGUUACUCCCUCAAAAGUGAGGCUGAACCUAUUGGACCAUUUUGGUACUUUAACGGGAAGGAAAUCACAGAAGCUGAGAUUGGAUUAAACCAGCGUUAUAUAACCAAGGAAAAUGGCACUGUCCUGGUUAUUCAAAAUAUACAGAAAGAGUUUACCGGCAGUUUCCAGUGUAUGUCAUACAACAGCGAAGGAACCUUCAUGCGUGAUGCUACACUUGUUGUGAUAGAACCCAUCCUGGUCCAGAUCUCCCCACCUCCCACCAUGGAAAUCUUACCUAAGGACGUGAAAUACCUUGAUGUGGCUGCCACAACUGACCCUCUGUUUACACUCAGGUACAGUUGGUCCUUCACCAACGGGGACGACGAACACUUCUAUAAUAACGAUAUCGGCUCCGACUUUGGCAGCAACUUUCCACCAGAGCUCACACUCUCUGCUGACAGGCAGAACCUCACGAUUGAUGGCAGCAAUUUGGAUGGAGGAGACAUCUAUAAACUUGUUGGUACCUAUUCCCUUCGGGUUUACCAUAAUCAUGAUGCAGUUGACUUUGUUACGGAUAUGAAGACGGACGCUAGUAUAACUCCUGCUCCUGUUGUAACAAGUUCAGCAGGAGGUUUCAACCCCAUCAUCAUCGCGAUAAUCCUUGGAGUCAUAGUCCUCUUUAUAGUCAUCUUCCUCAUCGUCUUCCUCCUAUACAGGAACAGAGGAGGUACCUACCCAUUGGAUAAGAAGGAGUUGGCCGCUGGACACGACCCAGAGAAGGAAUUGGCUGACAGUGGCUUCCAUGAUCUUUCACGAGCUGAUGGUUUUGAUGAUGAGAAACCCACCAAUGACAGGAUGUCCCUUAACGAUAGCGAGAAGGAUUACGAAAGUGAUGACAACUUCGAUCAAGAAUAUGGCGAUGGCGACUUUGACACUACCAAGUUCAACGAAGAUGGGUCGUUCAUUGGUCAAUACACAGACAGUAAACGCCGCCCUCCCAAUCAGUCGGUGGUGUAGGAUAGAACAUGUCGCACUGAAUUGAACCCUGGAGAGAUUACCUACACAGACCUUCACUAUUGUCAGUACUGAGAUAUUUUAACCAUCAGAUAAGUGACCUUUCUAGCUAUACAAGGUCUCAUUAAUAUGGCUUGUCUAACU